CAGGGGGUUGGGCUAGUUGGCCCCUGGGGUUUUGUCCAACUAUGGGUUUCUGUGAGUUUUUCGGGCUGGAUGGCCAUGCUCCAGAAACAUUCUUUCCUGACUUUCGACUGCAUCUAUGACAGGCAUCUUUAGAGUUUGUGAGGUAUGUUGGGAACUGGACAAGUGGAGUUUAUAUAUAUUUGUGGAAUGAUGUCCCGGGUGGGAGAAAGAACUCUUGUCUCUUGGAAGCAAGUGUGAAUGUUGCAAUUAAUCACCUUGAUUAGCCCAGAAAAGCCUUGCAGUUUCAAAGCCUGGUUGCUUCCUGCCUUUGUUUGGAGGUGUUAGCUGGUCCUGGUUAUUUCAUGUCUGGAAUUCCCCUAUGCUGUUCUUUAUUUACUGUCCUUUAUUUACUGUCCUGUUUAUUUUCAUGGUUUCCUCCUUUCUGUUGACAUUGUCCACAUACUGGCUACCAGUAUUAAAAAACUCUAAGAUCAGGACAAGCCUUUGGGGCAGUGCAAUGAGGCAAUAAGAGGAAACCUAUUCGCUGGCUGGAGCCAGCAUAGUGUCCUGAGUUGGUUUUAACAGCUGAUUUUAAAGUAACUGAUUUUAAUGUUUAAUGUUUUAAAGUUUAAUGUUUUUAAUGUUUUAAUGUUUGUGUAUAUCUAUAAUCCGUAUAUAUGUUGUGCUCUGCCCUAAGUCCCCCUGAGAAGGGCAGGAUAUAAAUGUUUUAAAUAAAUAAAUAACAAUGCUCAGAACACGGAGAAUUCCAGACAUGAAUCAAUCAGGGCCAACUAACACUUUCCAAUAAAGGCUUCCCCCAGGCAGGAAGCAGCCAGGCUUUGAAGCUGCAAGGUUUUUCAAUGCUAAUCAAGGUGAUUAAUUGUAACAUUCACACUUGCCUCAGGCAGACAAGAGUUCUUUCUCCCACCCUGGACCUUGCACAGAUAUAUAAACCUCACUGACCUAGUUUCCAACAGACCUCACACCCUCUGAGGAUGCCGGCCAUGGAUGUGGGCGAGUCAGGAGUGAAUGCUUCUGGAACAUGGCCAUACAACCCGGAAAGCUCGCAGCAACCCAGUGAUGCCGGCCAUGAAAACCUUCGACAACUCGUGGACUCUAUGAAUGUUGUUGCAGAAUCAAAUAAACCAAAGCGGGCCGAAGUCGAGGUGCAAUCCUUCCCUUUUAGCAGCAUCCCAGAGAAGAUGUAAGUGGGUGGAGGGAGACCGGAGAAGCUCAGUGGGUCCAGGCCUGGGUGGAAAGGCAGAAGGACAGGCCCACCGGGGCUCAGGGGAGGCGGAAGAGCUGCUCCUCUAAUGACAGGCGCUUUAUCUCAGCUUGGGCGUCAGGAUCGCCAUCAAAGUUCCCUUCGAGAAGAGGGUUUCCGAUAGGAAGGCCGGCGAGCCGUCCUUCUUUUCCCCCUCUUCCUUCCACUCGUGUCCCUUACAGAGCUGAGAGAGAUUGGCUCGGAAGGGAGAGAGAGAGAGGGAGAAAGAAAGAGGGAGGGGAAAAGCAGAUGACCAAACUGAGAGCCAGGUAACUUUGCGGUUGGGAGUGGGUUGCAUCUGUCAGGAAGUUGAGAAGAUGAGGAUGAGACCUCUGAAAGUCCUUUGAAAGCUUGACAUCCAACCCUUUGAAAAAAAAACUGGGUGGGAGGGGGGUUAGUUCAGAAGGAGUCACAGGGCUUCGAUUGAGAAAGGUGGAUGAGGUGGGAGAGAAAUCUAGGUACCUUAGAAGGGGAAACGCCUCGGUGCAUGAAUGGAGGCCUUUCCCCACUCCCUCCCCCCUCCUCCUUCUCUCUGAUGCGCUAAAUCAUGUCUUUAAGAUUCCUCUGGAUUCUUUUUAGUUUUUUUUUUCUUUUUGGUGCUCAGUCAGUCCGCCAAAGAGAGGGUUGGGAGCCAGAGGCGAAGGAAGACGAGUUCCGUCCAUAAACCGGAUUCCAGGAAGAGCCCCUUCCCUCCUUCCUUCCCUCCCUUUCUCCCACCUCCCCGAGACGGAUUGUGAACGUCUUAAGGAAAUACAACGAACCCCGCUAAGAUCGCAAUUCGGGGGUCCAUGCGCGGGCUGAGGGGCGCCUUAGAUGCUCUUGGGCUGGUACGUAUCCGCUUCCACGCCUGAAUAAACAGGGACUACUUCAUGUAUUUCUCUCUCUCUCUCUCUCUCUCUCUCUCUCUCUCUCUAUGUGUAUGUGUGUGUGUGUGUAUACGUAUACACACACAUAUAAUACACAUCCACACACACACACACAAUAUCUGUGCACGUUGUGUGUAGGGGGCAAGUCGGAUUCCCUCAAAGGAAACCCAUAUGUUUUCUUAAACAGGAAAGAGCGAGCGGAGGGGGGUAGUAGGAUAGUCUGCCCAUCACUACCUUCGGCGGGGGGAAGCUGAGAUGAUGGAAAGGAUCCGGAAAGAGAUGCUGCUGAUGGAGCGCGGCUUGCACGGGAAGCGCCUGGUGUCCAGCCUCUCCGGGGAUCCGGGCAACGCGGUACUGGAGGGCCUGGAGCAGAGCCCCAACUCGCACGGAGGGCGCCUCAGCCCCCGCCUGCCCCCCGCCGCUCUCCACGGGCCCCUGGGCGACCUGCCCCCCAGCAAGGGCAAGUUCGAGAUCGAGGCGCUCUUCGGCCUGGCGCACCCCAACAGCGCCGCUGACGCCGCCGAGAUGGCCCCGGCUUCGGACCCCGCCGCCGCCGCCAGGAAGAAGAUGAGCCACUUCUCCUCCGCCGAAGUGGCCCAAGAGGCAGAGAUAGGCAGCGACGUGGAGGUGGGCUGCACCGCGCUGCGCUCCCCCGCUGGCCUGGCCGCCUCCCAGCUCAAGGAGAACAACAGCGGCAAAGGCUACUCGGACAGCGGCUCGACGCCCAGCAACCCCACUUCGUCUUCCUCCUCGUCUUCCUCCUCGUCUUCCUCCUCCUCCUCGGGCCUCAGCGGCCUCCACGGCGGCGGCGCCCUGGGCUCCUCGGGCUCCAGCGCUGACCAAGUGCGGAGGUACCGCACUGCCUUCACCCGGGAGCAGAUCGCCCGGCUCGAGAAGGAGUUCUACCGGGAGAACUAUGUCUCCAGGCCCAGGAGGUGCGAGCUGGCCGCCGCCCUCAACCUCCCCGAGACCACCAUCAAGGUGUGGUUCCAGAACCGCCGCAUGAAGGACAAGCGUCAGCGCCUGGCCAUGUCGUGGCCGCACCCGGCGGACCCCAGCUUCUACACCUACAUGAUGACCCACGCGGCGGCCACGGGCAGCCUACCCUACCCCUUUCACUCCCACGUGCCCCUCCACUACUACCCCCACGUCGGGGUCACGGCGGCGGCGGCGGCAGCGGCGGCAUCCGGGGCGGCGGCGGCGGCCUCCCCUUUCGCCACCUCCAUCCGCCCGCUGGACACCUUCCGCGCCCUCUCGCACCCUUACUCCCGGCCCGAGCUGCUGUGCAGCUUCCGGCAUCCGGGCCUCUACCAGUCGCCCGCCGCCGCGGGACUCAACUCCACGGUCGCUGCCGCCGCCGCCGCAGCCGCCGCCGCGGCUUCCUCGGCGCCUCCGUCGGGCUCCGCGCCUUGCUCCUGCCUCAGUUGCCAUAGCAGCCAGGCGGCGGCGGCGGCAGCGGCGGCGGCUUUGGGCUCCCGGGCGGCUUCGGGCGCGGAUUUCCCUUGCACGGCGGGCGGGGCGGCUCCCGCGCAGCGCUCCUCGGAGAGCGGCUUCCUGCCUUACUCCGCCGCGGUGCUGAGCAAGACCGCCGUUCCCUCGCCGGACCCGCGGGAGGAGGCGCCCUUGACCAGAUAGCCUCCAGGUGGCGCUGUGGGGAAGGAGGCGCAGGCGGCGCAGGGGAAGGAAGGCAAGGGCAGGACCGCAGACAGACGUACACUGGAGAGCUUGUGUUUGGGUGCUUGCUUGGUUAUUGCUUCUUUUUUAAUUGUUGUCAUCUUUAUGUUUAUCAUUCACCCCAGGGCCCUCUGGAAGCCAAAACUAAGGCCCCUUCUACACUGCCAUGUAAUCCUGAUUAUCAAAGCAGGUACUCCACAUUAAUCCUAAAGCCCCUUCCACACAGCUGAAUAAAAUCCCACAUUAUCUGGUUGGAACAGGAAUAUAUGGCAGUGUGGAUUCAGAUAAGACAAUUCAAAGCAGAUACUGUGGGAUUUUCUGCCUUGAUAUUCUGGAUUAUAUGGCUGUGGGGAAAGGCCCUGAAUUAUAUGAGUCUACACUGCCAUAUAAUACAGUUCAAAGUAGAUAAUCUGGAUUUUCUAUGACAGUGUAGAAGGGGCCUAAAUUAGCUUUAAGAUGAGAAUUGUAACCGUUGUUUUGAUUGUGAUUCUUAUUUUAUUUUAUUUGGUUAUAUAAGUAAAUUGUAAUUCUUUGGAAGCCCCCCUUGGAAGCAAAAACAAAAGUUGGAUCUAUACUGCCCUAUAAUCCAGCUAACCAAAGCAGACGAUCCAGAUUACCUUUUUUGAAAUGGAUUCUAUGAGUCUGUGCUGCCACAUUAUCCAGUUCAAAGCAGAUAAUCUGGAUUUUAUAUGGCAGUGUAGAUGGGGUUUAAGGGCCCUUCCACACAGCCAUAUAGCUCAGAAUAUCAAGGCAGAAAAAAACUACAAUAUCUCAUUUGAACUGGGUUUUCUGAGUCCACACUGCCAUAUAUUCCAGUUCAAAGCAGAUAAUGUGGGAUUUUAUUCAGCUGUGUGGAAGGGGCCUCAGAUUGGCUCUAUAAAAUCCAGAUUUUCUGUUUUGAAAACAUUAUGCAACAAAAUUUGAAAAUUUUCUCUUCCUAGUUUGAAAGUGUUAUUUCUUGUUUAAUUUUGCAGUACUUACUUUGAAAGUAGUUAUUAUACUCCAGAAACAUUUGUUUCUGUGUCUGAGGAUAAUAUUAUUUCAUUCAGCCUAGGUACUUCGUGUUUUUAACUUUUCAGUGUGCAAACUGGCACAAAGUUUUUGCAGUUUAAUAAACUUUUCCAUCAUUUUAUGAUAGAACCAAUUAGGUAAAAUGACAUUUGUAACCCAGGAACAAAAAUCGUGUUAGGUAGAGUAAUCUGGAUUAUAUGGCAGUGUAGAUCCAGAUGAAGUGGGUUUGAAAUUGGAAUUGCUAUAAUAGAAUCGUAGAGUUAGAAGGGACUACAAUGACCAUCCAGCCCAACCCCUUUCUGAUGUACAGGAAAAUACAAUCAAAACAUGCCUGACAGAUGGUGUGUCCUAAUCUCCAGAGCAGCAGAAAGGAAGCUUGCCCUCCCCAAUGUGACAUACUCUUAAAUAUUUAAACAGUAUCCCCAUGUUCCCUCUCAGCCUUCUCUUCUCCAAGCUAAGCAGACCCAGGUUACUCAGCUGCUCCUUUGAGGGCUUGGCUUCCAAACCUUUGGUUGCCCUUCUUUGGAUACAUUCCAACUUGUAAAUAGCCCAGAGGAAGCAAAAACUAAGGUGGCUUUGAAAAAAAGAAUUGUUCUCAUCAUUAUGGAAGCAAAAAAGCAAGGUGGCAUGUCAAGGGGGUUCUCCUGCAUGGCAGAAUGGGACUGGAUAGCCUUGUGUCCAGCUCCAUGAAAAGUUCUAUGAACAGUUAAGUUAGCUGGAAAAGGAUCUGGGAAGCAACCUCUCUUAGGACCAAAAUCCACCUACUUCUUGAUCUCACGCAGCGGGAGGAUCUGUGAACGGGGAAGAGCCCCGGGGCGCAUCAAUACUGAAGAAUUAAUGCAGUUUGAUACCACUUUAGCUGCUACAGAGUUAUGGGAACUUGUCGUUUGCUUAACACACUUUGUGUGGUAAGGCUAAAUAAAGGCCUUGUCAAACUGCAAAUCGCAGGAUUGCAUAGCAUUGAGCCAUGACAGUUAAAGUGCAUUAAUUCUACAGUGAGUAGAUGCACCCCGUCUUGGUUAAACUCCGGAAUUCGGCAUAGCGCCCCUGCUGGCGACAGGGGGUACUGCCUCGGUGUCUCGCCACUUUAUUUGUUUUAAAUUAUGGUGAUGAUGAUUAUGAUGACUCUUAGUGUGUUGUCGAAGGCUUUUAUGGUCGGGCUGCAAUGAGUUUUCCGGGCUGCAUGCCCUUGUUCCAGAAGCAUUCUCUUCUUUUCCGGGCUGUAUGGCAUCUGUGGCAGGCAUCAUCAGAGGUUGUGAGGUAUUUUGGAAACUAUGCAAAUGGGGUACAGUAUAUAUAUCUGUGGAAGGUCCAGGGUGGGAGAAAGAACUCUUGUCUGUUCGAGGCCCUGAUUGAUUCAUGUCUGGAAUUAUUCUGUUUUCUGAAUAUUGUUCUUUAAGGCCAGCUACCACCUCCCAACAAAGGAUUCCCUCAGGCAGUAAACAGCCAGACCUUGAAGCUGUAAGGCUUUUCAGUGCUAAUCAAGGUGAUUAAUUGCAACAUUCACACUUGCCUCGAACAGACAAGAGUUCUUUCUCCCACCCUGGACCUUGGACAGAUAUAUAGAAGCCAUUUGCAUAGUUUUCAAGAUACCCCACAACCUCUGAGAAUGCCUGCCAUAGUUGCAGGCCAAACGACAGGAGAAAAUGCUUCUGGAACAUGGCCAUACAGCCCAGAAAAUUCAGAACAACCCAAUGACUCUUAUUGGAGAUAGUAGUGUAAUUUGGGAUCUAGCUUUGACAAACGCGAUCUUCACAUCUCUUCAACCUACAGCCCCUAAUUUUUAGAUGUCAUUGGAUGGUGCUGGUGGUGCUUGGGCUCAAUGUCUAAAAGCCUUUCGUGGAGGAGCAAACACACCAAUCACGAAGCCCCGAUCCACAGAGGUGAUGCCUGUGGUGAGUGGGAGACAAAAUAGAGAUGACGAUCGAGGGGAAGGAAUCUAGGGAUCGGGCUGUGAGAAUGUACGAUUUGUUUGAUUCUCCUCUCCCAUUGAAAAGGCAAUGCAAGUGUGAACUUGACAGCAUGCCAAGGGUAGAGAAAUAGGGAUGGAAAAUAUAUAUCUUUUCAGAGCCUUAUGCUUUCUUCUGAGCACCGUGGUCCGCAUUUAAUCUGGGAAAUACUUGAAAAAUCGGUGAAAUGGAGUUGGGGGGCGGGGGCGGGUUCACAGUUCUGGGCUUCAUUUGCUCACAAAGCCACGCGUGGGCAAAAAGGGAGGCCCGCCGUUCCCACCCCACCCCUGCUGUCGGAGGGACUUCCGUGAACCUGAAGGAGGCCCAUAAAAAACCCCCGGUGUUAUUGCCGUGUCAAUUUUGAUGCUAAUAAUGUGCAGAUUAUGACGAAAAUUGCCAAUCAUGUUCUCUGAUGGACCUCCUUUGAAUGUGGAGUGGGGAGAGAGGGGGGAAAGAAAAGUUCUCCGCGUGGAGACCUGCUGUCAAGCACUAACAACCCGCUAAGGGAAGUCAUUAGAAGAGACAGAUAAGAGACGCGGUACAUAAAACAUUUGUUCGCGGGACAAAUAAUGUAUGUUAUUUAAUGUUAUCUCUGAUAUCUUGGAAGCGAUUUUUUUUUAUUUUGGGGUGUGUGUGUGUAUAUAUAUAUAUAUAUAUGCGCACACCAUAGUUUCUAUCCUGUCUCAAUUGCCAAUUCAUUUUUGGCAACUUGGAGGCCCUGGGUAGACUUUUCCCUCCGUUCGGUUGAUAUCCUCCCAAUGUGAAGAGCCUCAUUAAAUCAAACUCAGAGAUUUCCAUAAUGCUCCCAACAGGGCCACUUCACUCUCCACAUAAUGAGGUUUCUUUCCCUCCUUCCUGAAGAGUCGAAGCCCUCAAAUAACCAGCGAUUGCUUAUUUAGGGGUAUGGGGUUAAGGCAUGCACACACAGCUCAUUCCUUCGCACUCAUUUAUAUAUAUCAAAUAAAUUUACCCUCUUUUUAAAGACACUGGACAUGAGUGUGAGUGAGUGAGUGAGUGAGUGGGUGCUUGAGUGGGGCUUUCCCCCACAUUCUGAUCAUGGACAUUCAGAAAAUGAUUUCUUUUUUGAAGUUUCUACUGUUUUGUUCGGUGAACAUAAAGGGUUGAUCCCUCAUCCUUAAUGGUUUUUGACCAGAAGAAGAAGACAGGUAGAGGAAAAAUCCAGCAUUGCAAAGGGGAGGGAAAACGGAGAUUUUCUUAAGGUCGAAUCCGUUCAUAGGACUCUAGGGCUGAAUCUACACUGACAUAUAAUGUAGUUUGAGCUGCAUUAUAUGGUCAGUUUAUACUUAUAUAAUACCCAGUUUGAACGAGGGCCCCUUCCACACAGCUGAAUAAAAAUGCACAUUAUCUGCUUUGAACUGGAAUAUAUAGCAGUGUAGACUCAGCUAACCCAGUUCAAAACAGAUAUUGUGGGAUUUAUUUUUGCCUUGAUAUUCUGGGUUAUAGGGUUGUGUGGAAGGGCCCUAGGUGUACACUGACCACAUAAUGCAGUUCAGAUUGCAUUAAAUAGCAGUGUAGAUCCAGCCUAAGAAAGAAGAAGAAAAAAUGAAGCGGGAAGGACUUAAACUGACAAGACUACUUAUGCAUUGAGAAACAGGGGAAGAGAAAUACUAUGUUUGUCCACUGUUUUUAAUAUUUAAUUGUUUGAUUAAUAUAUAAUUUAAUGUUAAUGAAAUUGACCAAAACAAAGCACUCUUUUACUAGCUUUGACCUCCCCCCCCCAUUCAUCUUAAUAGUUUGGUAUGGAUGUAGAGAGAACAAUUUUGGCAAUAAUGUUUACAUUUUUUCCAAAAUAUAAAUAAAUAUAAAUACAAAUAUAAUAUAAUAUAAAUAUUAUAUAAAUAUAAAUAUAUAUAAAUAUAUCUUAGAAGUGAUCGAUAAGGUUGCUGGUUGGUAUAGAAAAAAUAAAACAAAAAAAUGAACAUACAUUCGUUUUAUGUUGGGUCCGUUGGACCUGGUUAUUGUUAUACGAAAAUUGUAAAUAAAGUCCUUGUGUUUCGGAUAUUUGCUGGCUGUAUGAACUCACUGUAAAAUAUUUUACAAAUGUGCAAUAACGAGAAAGCUUUGUAUAUUACGUUAUUUAUUGUGUUUGGUCAUGUAAAAUAAAUGUUAUUUAAAUCAAAAAGA